UAUUUACAAGCGUGGGAAGGUGCAAAGAAUUGUUGCACAGAUGGGUCAAAAGCAUUUGUGUAUGGCACAGGAAGAUAACGAACAUCUUAUCACAACAAUAACGAGCAUAUAUUAUUCUGGAUGAUUUGGGAUAUAAGAGGAAGUAACUUUCUGGGUACUAUAACUUCAAUUAAGACAUUUAUCCAGUAUGCAAAGGACAUUCUGAAUUCAUCCCUGGACAUUCUGAUUUCUCCAUUUGCAGCUUAAGUUGGACCAAGCCAGGAUCAAUCUACUGAGGAUGUACACCAACAGCACCAGCCUGAUGUCCAAUGCAAAGCCACUGCUCGUUCUUUCUCUUGCACUGGUUAUCUUCUUCACGGUAAUGGGAAACCUGCUGGUCAUCGUGGCUAUUGCUCGCACUCCUCAGCUCCACACCACCACCAAUGUCUUUAUCACCUCUCUGGCAUGUGCAGAUCUCAUCAUGGGCUGUGUGGUCCAGCCCUUGGGCAUCAGCAUGGUGGUGACCGGAAAAUGGCUACUGAGUAAGACUCUUUGUGAUCUGUGGACAUCCGUAGAUGUGCUCUGCGUCACAGCCAGCAUCGAGACACUGUGCGCCAUUGCCGUUGAACGUUACAUUGCAGUGACGAGGCCCCUGAAGCACCAGAUUCUCCUGGGCAAGCGUAGAGCCAGAUAUAUUGUAAUCACGGUGUGGAUGGUGUCGUCCCUGGUUUCCUUUGUGCCAAUCAUGAAUCAUCAUUCUCGCGAAACUGAAGAUGUUGAUGCAAAAGCAUGUUACUCUGACCAAAAUUGCUGCGAUUUCAUUACCAGUAAGACCUACGCCAUCUUCUCCUCUGUGGUGUCCUUCUACAUCCCAUUAUUAAUCAUGGUCUUUGUGUAUGGGAAGGUAUUUGCCAUUGCGACCAGACAGCUGAGACUCAUCGAUAGAGAAAAAAUUCGUUUUCUGAGUAAAAGUGAACAAGUCUCUGAAACACAACAUACAAUUGGUCAGUCUUGUGAAAGUCCACUUCCAGAGGCUGACAAGGUUCAGAGUUACAGCCGUAGAUCAUCAAAGCAUGUUCUCAAGGAACACAAGGCACUCAAGACGCUGGGAAUUAUUAUGGGUCUCUUUAUUCUUUGUUGGUUACCUUUUUUCAUCUUCAAUAUCAUUAAGGUCUUCAAGCGUGAGGUUCCCCCACAGUACGUGUUCCUUCUGUUAAAUUGGCUUGGCUAUGCUAAUUCAGGCCUGAACCCAGUUAUCUACUGCCACAGUCCAGAGUAUCGUACUGCCUUCCAGAAUCUUCUAGGCUUGAAAAAACUCAAACGACUGAAUCGCAGUGCCUUACACAAACACCUACAGACGAUUGCCAUGUGCAUCCAAAGCAACGGUUCUGUAAGAAUGGAUUGCUCAGGUCAUGAAGACCCAACAAUGGUGCAAACUUCAAACAUGAGUUCAAACAAAUGUACAGUUUUCCAAGAGAAAGAAUAUUUAGAAUCUCAGCCUCACAAUAGCUCAACUGUGACACAGAUCAGUGUUGCCGAGACGGUUUAAAGGGUCAGUGAUGACAGGAAACGGCAUCUGUGGUUUUCAAAGGGACUUAACUGUACCCUAGCAUUAAUGCCUAUCAAAGGAGUCAAGUGGACCCUGACUUCAUUACAUUCAGAACGUGUGUAAAAUCUUUAAAGUACGCAGCAGAAUAGAAAACUGAUAUAAAGAACAAAGAGAGACAGUAAAGAUUGUUACAUAGGAACUGUGCCUUCUCAACUUCAAACCAAAUGACAAGGACAUUUUUUUUUUUUUAAAUGAGUCAUAUAAUGAGGAAGAACUCAUGGAGUUAUGUCAAAAGAACCAAAAGCAGCGGCCUCUACAAUUAAAGGGGCCAUGACAUGACUUUUUUAUUAUUUUUAUGUUCUUUGAGGUUCACUUAUAACAUCAGUAAAGUUUUUGCACAAAAAACAGUCAUAUAUUUUUAAAACAUGAUCAUUUUCCAGCCUCAUUCUGACACUCUGUCAGAAACGCUUGGUGCUGCUUCUCCUAAGAAAAGACAAUAAACUUUAUGAUUGACUCUCUGCUCUUGACUGACCUGCUCUCUCUUUGCCAUAUACUGCUCACCACUACUGAGCAAUUUUGAGCAAAAUGAGGUUGCUUUAUUACUACAAGUGACCCUGGACUAUAAAGCAUGCCACAUUUUUAAGGACUAAACUGGUGAUCUCUGUUUGCCCUGGAGGUAAGGACGAAGUUCUCAAAGUUCAUGCCUAUAGACUGAACAUGUGAUACGCAUGCACAAGACGUCAUCGUUUUCACAAAUUUCACAAAAAAGUUUGCGUUUUCAGGCCCCAAAAUCUGUUGUCGUGUAAACUAACAGCCAAAAUGCUUAUAAAAUGUCAGUUUUUAGUUGAAAACGUCAUGUAAAUGGCCCCUUACUCAUUUCUGUGGAGUGAUAAAAUUAUUAAACAAAUUUCAUGAGAAAU